UAAGUAUUUUUUUAUUCUUAACGAAUAACUACAGUGGUGCCAUUCUGGAAACUGUAUGUUCCUAGGAUGGGUAUUAGUCCUUUUAGAUCGUAACCAUUAAAGUUACUAAACAAGCAAGCGAUGUGUAUGUAGCGGAAACCACGAGUCGUUAAAAGUUAAUUUUUUUCAAUAAUCACAUGAAUAAAAUCCUAAUUAUUGAAUGUAAAUUGAAAUAUUAAACAAACAAAAUGCCAUUAGCUCGUGAUCUUUUGCACCCAAGUCCCAUUGAGGAAAAAAGAAAGCACAAGUUAAAGAGACUCGUGCAGAAACCUAAUAGUUAUUUUAUGGAUGUUAAGUGUCCUGGAUGCUAUGCUAUCAAAACUAUUUUUUCACAUGCCCAAAAAUCUGUCGAGUGUGACGGAUGUCGGACUAUUCUAUGCACACCAACUGGUGGCAAAGCACGAUUGACAGAAGGUUGCUCCUUUAGAAGAAAGGUUCAAUGUUAAUGCUAUGUGACAUGAAUUUUAUUUUUAAUUUAUGUCAAGAUAAUAUUAAUAAUAAUUAUAAUAGCUUAUUUAACAAUUAAACAUUAAUUUACAUCAUAAUCGAAUAUUGUAUGCAUU